AUGUCGUCGAGAGCAAACCGAGAUACUACAUACACUGCCGUCAACUGCUUCGUGAAGGACUCUCAAGAGUCAUACUUUCUACAGGAUUACCAGCCUGUAUCCACCACGAUCGAAACGGAAUCUAUCUCAACCGACACGGAUACUUCAACCACUACUACGACUAUUCCACCAACAUCUCCGACAUCGCAUUCAACGCCCGUCGGCGCUAUUGUCGGUGGUGUCGUCGGUGGCCUCGCAAUAAUUGCCCUCCUAAUCCUAGGGAUCUUCUUCUACCGCCGGAAAAAGCCCACCCCCAAUGUGCCCCCGGUUGAACAAAUUAUCAGCCCAACUACACAGCCGCCAUACUCGCCAAGCUUUGCUUCACCACCCGUAUAUAAUGCUCAAACAAGCAACCCCGCUUGGCUGUCUACUAGUCCUAGUCCUAGCUCGCCAACAUAUAACCCUGCCGGUGUACACUAUCAAAACAUGCCCUCGACUUCUCCCCAACCUGAGCAGUUCACUAACGCACACAUAAACUAUGAGCCAAAGGAGGUGCCAGCUACUAAUCCAGUGGGAACGGGUAACAACCGCGCUGAAUUAAACUGA